UGUAUACACAGCCUGUACGCAGGCGCGCGCCUCUUCUCGGAAGCGGCAGUCCUGGCUGCACGUGGGCUCUGGUGCGGUGCGGGGGGACCAUGCAGGCUGACGCCAAGAUCCGCAAUGAGUCUGGAACAGAAUCCGACCCUCGGACCCCCGGCUGCAGUCUCCGGCACUUUGCCUGCGAGCAGAACUUGCUGUCUCGGCCAGAUGGCUCUGCCUCUUUCCUUCAAGGGGAUACUUCCGUCCUGGCAGGCGUGUACGGGCCAGCCGAGGUGAAGGUCAGCAAAGAGAUCUUCAACAAGGCCACCCUGGAAGUGAUGCUGAGGCCGAAGAUCGGGCUGCCUGGCGUAGCUGAGAAGAGCCGGGAGCGGCUGAUCCGGAACACGUGUGAAGCCGUGGUGCUGGGGGCACUGCACCCCCGCACCUCCAUCACCGUGGUGCUGCAGGUCGUCAGUGAUGCUGGCUCGCUCCUGGCCUGUUGCCUGAACGCCACCUGCAUGGCACUGGUCGACGCAGGAUUGCCUAUGCGGGCCCUGUUCUGUGGGGUCACCUGUGCCCUGGACUCUGAUGGGACCCUCAUGCUGGACCCCACAGUCAAGCAAGAAAAGAUGCACAGAAGAUGUCCUGGCUUUGUCCUGGCUGCUGGAGUCCAGAACCCACCCCAACUCCAUGGCUACUGUACGGAGUGCAGCAAAGGAGGCCCGGGCAGUCCUGACCUUUGCACUCGACAGUGUGGAACAGAAGCUGCUGAUGUCCACCACCAAGGGUCUCUACUCUGAUGCUGAGCUCCAGCAGUGCCUGGCUGCAGCCCAGGCUGCCUCACAACAUGUCUUCCGCUUCUACCGAGAAUCACUGCAGAGGCGUUACUCCAAGAGCUGAGGCGGCUGGGGCAGGUGCCUCUGCUGCCACCACCCGCUACCUCCUGUGGAAAAUAAACCGGCGGCCCUGCCCUGCCUCACUCUCCUUG